AUGACUGAUACUGAAAUGCAUGAGCUUGAGCGGGAGCUGGAAAUGCAUUACAGCAAAGUAGUGCAAGAGGACGCUGCUGCUGCUGAGAGACCAGCCAAGAGGGGGCGAUCUAUGGAAGAGCUUUCUUCAUCUGUUGACAGUGCUGUUCAUGAUGCGGCUACUGUGGCAGGUCCUCCUGCUCCUACCUCGCCGUGGCCACUUGGGAUUGGGACCGCACCUCCCAACAAACACGCGGAGCGCAGGAAGUUUCUGAUGGCCAGGGAGGUGGCAAUCCGGGACGCUUUGUUUCAACUCAGUGAUGAGGACAUCGCAAAGAGGGUGGCCUUGGCAAAAUCCCAUCCCAAGUUUGGUGAUGUUGGGGGCUACCUGGAGCACUUGAAGGCUGACAUUGGGGUUCCUGACGAGUUUGGAGACGAGGAGCCUAUCGAGGACAUUAUCAAUUUUGAGAUGUGGCUUGCCGACCAACUUGAAGGGACCGAGAGUCCGCACCGUCCAACACCUCCAGCCCCAGCCCCAGCAGAGGCACCCGCCGAGGAAGAACGUUGGGAGGACUUGGUUCGUAGGGUUGGGCGGUCACAUGCACUGUCAGUGCAAAUGGAGCGAGAGGCCAUGCGGGUGCUACAUGCUCCAGCUCGUGGCGAAGCACAUGCUACAGCACUCCCAGCGCCAGAUGCAGCAUCCCAGGCAGAGCACCCACCACAGGUGGCACCAGCUUCUGUAGCGCCGCCUGCACCCCAGCCAGAGCUUCCAGCACAGGUGAAACCAGCUUCACUGGCACCUGUGGCACCCACAUCUGAGCCAGUGUCCCCACCACAGCCUGUGGCUUCCGCGUCUGACCAAGUGUCCCCGCAUGCGCCUGUGGCACCCGCAUCUGAGCAAGUGUCCCCGCAUGCGCCUGUGGCACCCGCAUCUGAGCAAGUGGUGGCACCACAGCCUGUGGCACCAGCUUCAGUGCAACCAGUGUCCCAUGCCAGCAGCCCAGCGCAGGCUUCAGCACCUCCCCCAUCCCCAGUGAAGGCAGUGCCCCCAGCACACAUCGCUCCGGCAUCCGUGCAGGCAGUGCCCCCAGCGCACGUGGCACCAGCUUCUGUUGAAGGGAGCGCCGCGCACCCGGCAGUUGCACUUCCUGCCCCUGCACCUCAAACAGCCCAACCUGCAGUGAAAGCAACCUCAGCGUCACACCGCACUGAGUACAUGGCAUUUCUGAGGGCAGCCCGCAACACCAGCAAGAUGCCUUCUUCACUCCAGCCAAUGUUCAACAGCAUGAACGAUCGGAAUGAGUUGUUCAACUUGUGGUUGGACAAGUCGAGGGAUUUCGCACAGGUGGCCCUGGAGGUUGCAAGAACACGGACUCAACAACAACGCUCGGGGGCAAAGGCGGUUUGCUGGAGUCGUGCCCAGCUGGAGGACAGCAAACGCUACACCAAGACUGAGAUUGACGACCUCAUUGCCCGGUGCACAGCUGCCAACCGGUACAUUGAGGAUCCUAACUUCCCCGGGGUUGAAUCCCUGCGCCAAUACCAUGUGAUCAUCGAGACCAGCCGGGAGACUUCGGACUGUUUGGAGAAUUCCACGCGACUAUCUGGGAGUGUGAGCUUAUCUGCGG